CCACUCUCUCCGCAGCAGAGGGAGUGUGGCUAGAAUCCUGGAACAGCGAUUGAAAAAAAAAAAAUCUACCAGUGGCCUGUUUCAAGUCCCCCCAGUAGAAACUGUGCCUGAUUUGUGGCCAAUGUUGGAGAUGUAAAAAAAGGAGGAAAAAACACUAACCGGGUAGCUAUGGAGAUAGAACGUUUUGCGGGCUGCUUUCUUUGACAUGUGUUGAGUGGGUAAAAGUCUUAAAACAGUGUCCAACAUGUACGCCAAAGGUAAAGGAGCAGUCGUCCCCUCCGAUAGCCAAGCGAGAGAGAAAUUAGCUUUAUACGUGUACGAGUAUCUACUGCAUGUUGGAGCCCAGAAAUCAGCACAGACGUUCCUAUCUGAGAUCCGAUGGGAGAAGAACAUCACGCUGGGGGAACCCCCAGGAUUCCUGCACUCGUGGUGGUGUGUAUUCUGGGACUUGUAUUGCGCUGCCCCUGACAGACGCGAGACCUGCGAGCAUUCCAGCGAGGCCAAGGCCUUCCACGACUAUGUGAGUCACCUCCUCCUCAUCCUCUGUUUCUUGCUACACUGUACCCCUGCUCCCCCCCCCCUCUUGUAUCCCUUCCUCUCUCUCUCUCCUCCAUUCUUUCUCUCCCUCCCUCUUUCUCUCUCACAGUUCCCCAUGGGCCCUGGUCCUGAUGGUCCCAUGGGAGGGAUGGGCCCCAUGGAGCCCCACCAUAUGAACGGAUCGCUAGGCUCUGGAGAUAUGGAUGGGUUGCCAAAGAACUCUCCCAACAACAUGGGGGGCAUGAACAACCCUCCGGGCACCCCGCGUGAUGACGGGGAGAUGGGCGGCAACUUCCUCAACCCCUUCCAAAGUGAAAGUUAUUCACCCAACAUGACGAUGAGUGUCUGAUUUUUUUUCUUCUUUUCUUAUUUUUUUUUUUAUUUCUUCUUUGUUUUUAUGUUUUUUUGUUGUUGUUUUUUUUAACCCCUUCGCUGAAAUGGCUCCGUUCCCCUUUGAUCCUGCCCCCCUUCCCCCUCUGCAACUCACCCCGCCAUCCCUGGCUCUACAAACGAAAAACAAAAACAAAACAAAAAAAAAACUCAACCCCAACCUCGCCGCCUCCUUAAAAACCUCACACACCUCUCCACUGGCCGCACACUCCACACACCCCCCUCUGCCCACCUACCCCCCCCUGCCCGCUCGGUGGAACUUUGGCUGCUGCGCUCAGUCCCCUGGGAGGCCCAUGGAGCACGGACCUGGAGCACAGUCCCUGGGCCUGCCCUCGCUGCCCACCGUGUGCGCCAUGGGCGCUGGUGGCAUCGGCGGCGGCAGCGGCAGCUGCAUGGGUGUGGGGACAGGUGGCAGCAGUGGUGGCAUGAGGAAGCAGCGACAGAGCCACCGGAAGAGCCUCCACUCGGACCACUCGCCCAGCAUCUCCACAUUCCUCACGGGCCCAGGACUGUAAGGCCUGGAAGGAGAGAGAGAGAGAGAGACUGUGGAGGAGAGAUGGAGGGAGGUGACCAGACAGGAGUCUUCAGCACAGCAUGUCCAACCAAUGCCAGACUGCCCAGCUUUCAUUGUGUUAUUUGUUGUUGUUGUUUGCUUCAGUCUGCAUUUCUUCACUUUGUAAUAUUUUUUGUAGUUUGAUUUUUAGUUUUUUUUUUUUCUUUUUCUUAUUUUGUAUGACCCUCUGGAUGCAGUAGUUCAACACAGAAGGAGGAGGAAGAUGUCUGAACUUAACACCACCCCCUCCCAUUUUAUUGUGUACAUUUUUUAAAGAAGUUGUUUGGCAAUGACAUAUUUUUCAUUAUACUGUGUAUGUAUUGUAUUAUGAAUAUUAUUUUAUUUUUUAUUAAUAUUGUUAUAAUGAUUAUUAGACCCCCCCCCCCCCCCCCCCCCCCAACCCAUUUCCCUUUGAUGGGCAUGACAUAGCUAAGCAACCAUGACAAUGACCAGACACAAGCACACACUCAUGAUGCACAACUGCAGUUGUCACGGUGACAGACGUUUAGGCAUCGUUUUAUUGUCUCUGCCAGAUAUUUAGUCCGAAUUACCUGUGCUACCUGCCAUUUAUUCUCACCCAACCAGUUUAAUUCAGCGAGACUGUGAGCCCCCAAGCGGCAUCCUCAGCACACGUGAGUUUCAUUUGGAGGGUGAAAGCAUCCCUUUAUUGAUGAGCUGGGAGCAGUUUGUCUGUGUUCAUGUGCAUCACAAGCCAGAGGUUUCCCCCUUUUAAACAGCAUAGACACCUCCAAGAGCCACAUGGCCUGCAUCAAUGUUUACCUCUCCUUUGUGUGCAGAAUACCUCUGCCCUGAAGCCCAUAAAAACAUAAAAAAAACACUCGUGUACACACACAGACUUUCACAUACACUGCAACACCCAUGUGAAAUAUAAACAAGGAAGGCCCCCCCCCCCCAUCUAAAAGCAAGUGUAAGACAUUUUUAAUGGUACUGUUUAUCUUUUUUAGACUCAGUUUUUAGAGGAAGGCAGAUGUCGUUCAGUUGUCCCCCGCCAUUCAGAGCAUGAUGUACAAUUUGUUUUGUUGUAUUCUCUUUAUCAUAAAGUUGUUGUCUUUGUGUGUG